AUGGUUGUCUUGAACAAGUUCUCCGUUGCCCUUGUGGCCGCUAUGGCUGCUGUUGGUCAGGCCACUCACGAGGGUCUCCAUGCUCGUCGCGUCCUGGCUCGCUCCGUCACCCCUGUUGCCGAGGUCUCUACCUCGACCGUCCUUGUGGUUCCCACUCCUGUCGAGCCAGCUCCUACAGCUUCCUCCGCUGCUGUUUCUGCUCCCGCUGAGGAGACCUCCGCCGCGCAGUCCUCUUCUGCCGUGCAGUCCUCUUCUGCUGUGCAGUAUUCCUCUGCUCCCUCGGUGGCUUCCAGCGCCAUUCCUUCCGUUGCUUCGUCUGUCGUUCCCAGCGUUGCUUCUUCCUCGGUCGUUCCUGGUGUGAGCUCCUCCGUGCCCGCUGGCACUAUUUCGCCUAUCGCUUCUUCCAGCAAGCCUGUAGUCACCCGCACUCCCGUUAGCUUCCGUCCUACUGGUCGUCCCACCAAGUCCUCUCCUGGCAGUCUGACCAGCACUGUGUCUGCUCCCGCUGGCACUGACGUCCCUGGCGAUGACUCCGUGACUGUGACUUACACCGUGACUUCUGGAACUUCCACUAGCGUCAUCACUACCACCAUCUCCAAGACCGCCACUGAGCAGCACACCGUCACUGCCACUGAGUCUGGCGCCGAGGUCUCGGCCACCAAGCCUGCUGAGGACACCACCGAAACUCGCACCUCCACCAUCAACAGCACUAAGACUGAGACUGUCACUCUUGUUGAGGCUCCCACUCCCUCCGGUGCUGCCGGCAAUGACUCUGGUGCUUGCACCGCAGUUACUGUUACUGCUACUGUCACCGAGACUGUGACUGCUGGCGCUGCUGAGACUCAGACCCCCGGCAAUGGCAACGGUGAGGGUGCCCAAAGCACCUCCACUGUGGCCGCUACUUCCUCUGAGACCACCGCUGCUUCCACUGAGACCGCCGCGGAUUCCACCACCCGUGUUCCCAUCGGCUCUACCCGCAUUCCCCUCACCCGCACUCCUAUUCCUUCUUCCAGUGGUUUCGCUACCCGGACUCCUUCCGCCAGCGUUACGCCUACCCCCGCCUCCAGCGGCCUGCCCUUGCCCACCGGCACCCCCAGUGGCAAGCCUUUCUUGGCCAACUGGCGCCGCCGCUUCAUCUAA